GUGGCGAGGGCGGACCGUGUGACGUAGAGCUGAGGCUCUGGCUGUUUAUUGUUCCUUCCUCAACACCGACAGAGAAAAACAGGCUAACGAGCUGUCAGCUACCUUUUUCACACGGUUCACAGUUGGUUUAACGAAGGUGUAACGGUCGAGACAGCUGACUGCACAAACCAGGGGCCAUGGCGUACGCGUACCUCUUCAAAUACAUCAUCAUCGGAGACACGGGCGUGGGGAAGUCAUGUCUAUUACUACAGUUCACAGACAAGAGGUUUCAGCCAGUUCACGAUCUCACUAUCGGUGUGGAAUUUGGAGCGAGGAUGAUCACUAUAGAUGGCAAACAGAUCAAACUGCAGAUCUGGGAUACGGCUGGUCAGGAAUCGUUCCGGUCCAUCACCAGGUCUUACUACAGAGGAGCAGCAGGAGCUCUGCUAGUCUAUGACAUCACAAGAAGGGACACCUUCAACCACUUGACGACCUGGUUAGAGGACGCUCGCCAACAUUCCAACUCCAAUAUGGUCAUCAUGCUCAUUGGCAACAAGAGUGACCUGGAGUCGAGGAGAGAGGUGAAGAAAGAGGAAGGUGAAGCAUUUGCCAGAGAACAUGGCCUCAUAUUCAUGGAGACCUCAGCCAAGACUGCCUCUAAUGUAGAGGAGGCUUUCAUCAACACAGCCAAGGAGAUCUAUGAGAAGAUUCAGGAGGGAGUGUUUGAUAUCAACAAUGAGGCUAAUGGUAUUAAGAUUGGACCCCAGCAUCCUACCACCAACUCCACACUGACCGGCAGCCAGGGAGGCCAACAGGCUGGAGGGGGCUGCUGCUGAAGCCUCAAAACACACCUCCUCCUCCUCCUUCUCCUCCUCCUCCUCCUCCUCCUCCUUCAACCCCGACCCUUCCUCCUCCUCGCCCUCUCCGACCCUCCCUUGCGUUUCUACAGAACUGUCCAGGCUCACUAACAGUUUGUUAACCUCUCUCUCUCUCUCUCUACCGCUCCAUUCUGUCAUCCAUCCAUCCCUCCCUCUCUGUCUUUUUCUCUGUCUUUCAGCCAUGUCUUUCUUAAGUCCCUUGACCAUGACCCAAGGGUCUCGGGGCCAUGUCCCCAUAAAUCAACCUGACUUCCAACAGUCUAACAAGGACCGAGUCAGCUUCACCUGCAGGUUUAGCCCCCAAAUUCUGAAGUUUUGCAGUUCAUCUUUUUUUUUGGUUAGAUAAAUGGAUUUUUAUCUCUUUAUUUAAAAAAAAAAAAAAAGCACGCUGGAAUGUGAAGAACUCUGUUCCAGCAGUUUAAUUUACGUACUUCUCUGAAUUCAUGAGGAUGUUGUUGGGAUAUCACAGUACCUCAGAAUCAUAAAAAAAUAGAGCUAUACCUUCAGUAACGAUGAAGUUGUUGGUAGAGAUUAAGCAACUGACUGUAUGGAAUAAAUCAUGCGCUGUGUUGUGUCUAUACACACAUCUGUACAUGUUUUGAAGAAAAUGACACAGCACAUUGAUAGCAGGACAUGUUCCUACAUGUCAAGUCAGUUUGCAUGCUGUGUCUGUGUGUAUAGGGACGAUAUAGGUAUUCCAGUAUGUCAGUUUAUGAGGUGUAGGAGGCAUUCAAGUCACUCUGUAUGUUCUGUCCAUAAAAACAAAGUGCAAAUAUUAUGUUAUUUUGAGCUUUCUUUCUCUAUUCUUCUUCAUGUUAUUUUUUUCUUUCUCUGUCUUUGUGUCCUUUUUGUUGACUUGCAGAUGAUUUGUAUUUAAUGAACACUACAAACUGGUUGUGGCUUAAAGUUUUUUAAAUUGUCUGGAGAGAGAAUAAAAGACCAAACUGUUAA